AUGAAUUGGGAAGAUGAGCUUAUGGCUUUGGGAGUUCCUUAUACAGAAAGAAAGAGAAACUCUCCGCUUAGAAAAAAGCUUUCGAUCAUAAAGAAGCUUAAAAACAUAAAUUCAGAAAGUGUAGAAGCGAUUAAAAGUGAUCUUGAGAAGGAAGACAUGAGCAAGUUCACCUCCGAGAUAGUUACUUCGAUACUUCUAUCAAAAGUACAAUCUACAGACGACAUCAAGAGUGUUGUCCGGGUGACGUCUGCACUUACAUCAUGCAGCGACUUCAUGAGGCUGUUGAUGUCGGAAUUAGGAAAGAUCAUAAAUCAUGGAAUUGAGGAGACGGAGAAGUACUGGCUUGCAGCCUUUUUCUUUGAUUUGCAGACUCUAUCAAGAAGGACUGUGGAUAAAGAGGAGAGAAGAGAAAAUCUGAUCAGAGAUCUAUGCAACAAGAUAAGUGAAAAACCUAGAAUCCUCUUUCUCGGAUACAUAAUGGAAAACUAUAAGGAUGAACUAAGCCAAGCAGAGGUUUCUAACCAAGCUAAAAGGAUAGAUCCGCAGACUAGUGAAGACAGGGGUGGGAGGCUUGAUGUUGUAGCAAGGUCUCUUGGGAUAAAGGUGUGUGACGAGGGAUAUGACCUUAAGAAGAUGGCCGAUGUGGAGAACGAGGAGUUCCACUAUUACACCGGGCGUACUGCCUCAUUGGAAUGUUAUGAUGGGGGCCUGGACAUAAAAGAGAUAAGGGACUACAUCAUUAUGCAUUCUGGAGAUACAGAGAAGUUGGAUGCAUUAUCGAAAUCCAUAAAAAACGUAAACAACCAGAAGGAGGUUGUUUUCAUGCUUAUGCAGUUGAAGCUCAACCCUAACUUCAUAUCAAGCAUAGCCAGGAUACUUAAAAACAUGGGAGCUGUUGCAAGAAAAGUUGUAGCAGUUCUCUUCAGAGAAAUAUAUCAGGCAAAGAACCCAAGCCACAACGAUGUGAUAUCGAAUUGCUUACUUAUAUCCGAGAUGUGUAAGUUCAGAGAGGUUUCUUCUGAUGAGAUGUUUGGGCUCUUGGAUUAUCUCUUCAAGACCAAGAACAUUGAAGCAUACUGUAUGUGUCUCAAUGGGAUAGGACGGUAUUUCCUCUUGAACGAGGCAACCAGCCAUAGAAUUCGCGAGUUUAUAGAAAGAAUCAGGAACUACAGGGCUUCGAAGGUAGACUUUGUACAUGUAAACAACUGUCUCUCAAGACUCUUUUCCCCUUCCCAAUCUAUACUCUGUGCAGAUUACACAGGAUUUUUCAGAUACUUUUUCAGGAAGGAGGCCUUUGACGGAGACUCUUUACUUUGGUCUUGUCUUAUCAAGAGCAAGGCCACACUUAUGUCGAUCUUUCUGCAUCCAUGGGUUUUUGAGGAUAUUGACUUUCUGGCUUCUGUUGUGCACAAGGCCGAGAUAAGCAUGCAAGUGAUGAAUGUAAUAAUUCCUAGCAUAGAGAUUAUGUAUGGAUAUUCGAAACACAAGUCUAUUUCCCUUGCAAGGCUGUACUCAAGCCUAAUGCUGCUUGAGAAUAAAGAUACUUGGGCUUAUCUUGUUGACAGGGCACUUCAGCUUAAGGUGGGUGCAUCCUUUAGAUGCAAGAUUGCCAUGAUGCUCCUCCAAAAAAUGCCUAUAGACAUGCAAAGACAAUACUUCUCUGUACUCAGAGAUUGCGUAAACAAGGAGGAAUCUCUCGACCUAAAGAUCCUUUUUACUAAUUUCUGCGAAAGCAUCGGAAUGGAGGCUCCAACAAUGGACUACGAUGACAGUUUUGACGAGGAGCUUAACUUUGUACGGUCCUAUGCAUGA